UCUCAAAUGGAUUCCAACGAUGCAUUCAACAUCCUUCUCAAUCCAAAUUUGUCCCAAAAUCUACAAAAAUUCACUUGGCCAAAAGAGGAAAACACCUCCUCAAAUCAAGAACUCAACGAGCCAAUCAUCGACCUCGAGGGCUUCCACGGGGGCAGCGCGGCCGAGACAGCCGGAACCACUGACCUCAUUCGAGCCGCUUGCCUCGGCCACGGCUUGUUCCAAGUGAUCAACCAUGGCGUCGAUUUGGACCUCAUAAAAUCCGUAAAUGAUCACGUAAAUUUAUUCUUUAAUCUCCCAAAAGAGACACAAAUGAGGGUUCAUAGGCUUCCCGGCAAAAUUUGGGGCUAUUCUUUUGCACAUGCAGAUCGUUUCUCUUUGAAGCUUCCAUGGAAAGAAAUAUUUUCUUGCAUUUUUCGUGAAGAUGGCCAUGAUUCGGAGGAAACCCUUUUUUUCGAAACGGCGUUUGGUCAAGAAUUUGAGAAGAUAAGAUUGGAUUUCCAAAAUUAUGGUCAUGCCAUGAAAAAAUUGUCUCUAACCAUAAUGGAGAUAUUAGGGAUGAGUUUGGGGGUUGAUAAACAACACUAUAAAGAUUUUUUUGAAGAUGGUAGCUCUAUAUUGAGAUUCAACUUCUACCCUCCAUGCCAAGAGCCAGACCAAACCCUUGGCACUGGACCUCACUGUGAUCCCACUGCUCUCACCAUUCUUUACCAAGAUCAAGUUAGAGGUCUCGAGGUCUUAGACGACGGCCUAUGGAAGUCAGUGAGGCCAAGACCCGAUGCCCUAGUCGUCAGUCUUGGCGACACUUUCUCUGCCUUAGCAAAUGGAGUAUACAAGAGCUGCCCACAUAGAGCUGUUGUGAACAAAUCAAUGGGGAGAAUUUCAAUGGUGUAUUUCUUGCUCCCUGCAGAAGAGAAAGUGAUUAAGCCUCCCAAAAAUCUAGUGAGCUCAGAGAGGCUGAGACAAUAUCCAGAUUUCAAGUGGUCUGAUUUCCACAAUUUCACACAAAACCAUUAUAGGGUUGAUCUUGCAACACUCCAAAAUUUUAGUAAAUGGUUCAUUUCCCACCAACCAACCUAAACCCUAGCUACCUACCUAGGGAUUUUAGGGUUUCUAGACUCUUGUCACCCCACCACCUUAUUCAUGCAAUUAUUAAACAUUGUAUUUGGUGUGUGUCUAGCUACCUAGCUAGCUCCAUUGUUUGUUCUAUGAUAUGAUUCAUCGUGUUUUUAUCUGCAAAUACAGUGUUCCUUAGGAGAUGCUAAUCUUUUGUUUAGAUUCUGGAAUAGUCUUAUGUUAUGUUGCAAGUUGUUUGAGCUUUUCUCAUGUUUUGGA